AUGACACAAGGAAUAUCAUUGUUGCUUGUUGUGUUUACCAACUUUUUCGUCGUACACAGCAAUGGGUCCUACCUCCCCGGUGCUCUUGGACUUUCUAAGUCGAAUGAGGUCAGUAACUUUAUAGACACAGUUGUAGCGGAAGAAGAGAAGACCUUCUACGCUAAAGUGAUACAGAGACUUAUGAACCGCGCAGCCGCAUUGGAAGAGGAAAUGGACGACAACAAGGGGGGUCAUUUUGAUACAGUCGGUGACAUGAGCAGUACUGGCGAUCUCACUGGUGUGAAACGCUCCAUGGACAAACGAAAGGUUUUCUGGCAGCCUCUUGGGUAUGUUCCGGCUUCAAUGCGCAUGUCAUCAAAUAAUAAACACCAGUCAAGUUCAAAAGACGCAGGGAGGAAAGGUUUUCGCUAUGGUAAAUAG